GUUGAUUUUCUAAAUAAGCAUCAUGAAUAUAACAAUUGAGAGAAAAAAGACAGAAUAUGCAGGACUUCCAAAAAGUUGGCCAAAAGAAGAGGCUUUCAGAAAAGCUGGGAUCUCCGCUGGAAAAGUUGACGUGUAUUACAGUCGUAGUGCAAGAGCUGAUGCAUCUUUAGUCCCACCGAUUCGACAAACUGCUUCUAUUUUCAAACAACCCGUUACAGUUUUCAAAACACAAGAGGGUAAAGUGAAGACUGAUUUGAAGCACGGUUGUCAGGAUAAACCGAAACAAUUGUUUUGGGAGAAAAGAUUAGAGGGUUUAAAAGCUUGUGAUCUUGACGGUACAGCGUUAGGACCUGUAGAACUCCCCAAAGGUCUCAAAGCAGUUGGACCACACGUUUCUGAAAGCACCUUAUUACAAUCGUUAGCUACAGCACUUCAUGUUUCUGGACAGCCUGUCACAGGGCAAACGGGCAGUAAGUCAGCCCUGGGUACUAAUCCUGGUGUCUUUUUAAACCCAGAACAACCGCUGGUCCAAGCUAUAAGUGUUGCUGAUGAAGAUAUUCGCAGACAAGAAGACAGAGUGAUGCUGGCGAGGCGCAGAUUGCAAGAUGCUAUAAGAAUUACAUCCCUGCAAGUAUUACCACAUCCUCUAAUACAACCCUGCCUAGUGUUGCCAGAUCAGGAACAAACACUCUUGAAGGGCGCCCAGAAAGGACAUCUGUCCCUCUGUCCCUUUGACAGCGCAUGCUCUUCGGCAGUCCGAGGAUGGCGUUCGGCUUGUGUGUGCAAUGCAACAAUGAAAUGCUUACCAAGUUCUUAUGUUGAAUAUGAUACAAGAGUUGUUUUUAUUGGUAAAGGAGUUUUUGGAUGUUUUGGAGAAUGUCGAAGAUGA